UCAGAAAAAAACAUUUCUACUUCUAUUUUUGAAGUAGGCUACAGGUGACGAAAGCACAGGUUGACGGAACAAUCUUUUUUGACUUGUUUUCCGACUGAUUGGGUUUUUUGCAACACAGCUUAAUUUAGCUUGAAAGUUGCUGCUAUGGACCAGGUUAGUUCUGUGGCAUAAAUUCCCAUUUACCAAGCUGGGAUUCACGUUAACCUCACUAAUGGAACAGAACUCUCACUAAAAUCAGCAAGACUUAUCGAAAUAAGCGAGGUUUGGCCUUUAGUGAGGUUGAUGGAAUACCCCUCUGGUCAGUAUUUGAAUGACUAGCACCAAAAUAAAUAGGAAAAGAGACCUCAUUUGAGACUAGCCAAUCAGAUUCCCCUAUAAGAACCCUCUCCGUCCCACUUCUCUAAAUGAGGAAGUUCCCUGAGCAUCACGGAGCACCUGCAGGUAAUUUUCACUCGCAAGAGUGAUACAGCUUUUUGUUUGGUCAGAAGUCAUUUCAGAGUUAGAUGUAAACUUGUAUUGUUAACAGACGUGUUGGAAGUGGAUAAUCUACACCAGGAAAUAGUAAACACAAGGGUUUAUUAAGAGUAAACUACUUUUUUUCUUCAUCUUGUAAAAACUAACCAGACGAGUUAAGAUUUUCACGGGAGAAAAUGGCUUCCAAGCUUGAAGAGGAGCUUUGCUGUCCUGUGUGCUAUGACAUCUUCAAGGAUCCCGUCUUUUUGUCCUGCGCUCACAGUGUGUGUAAAGCCUGUUUGCAGCAGUUCUGGGAGAGCAAAGGAUCCAAAGAAUGUCCCUACUGCAGGAGAAAGUGCUCUAAAGCACAAUAUCCUUCUAACAUGGCGUUGAGGAACCUGUGUGAGGUUUACUUACAGGAGAGAAGUCAAACUUCAGUAGGGACUGAGGUGCUCUGCAGUCUGCACAGUGAGAAAUUCAAGCUUGUUUGUGUUGAGGAUAAACAACCUGUAUGUUUGGUGUGUCGAGACUCAAGAAAACACACCAACCACAAGUUCCAACCUUUAGAUGAGGCAGCAUCUGACCUUAAGGAGCAGCUGAGGAUUAAACUAGAGUCCUUACAGAAGAAGCUGAAGGUCUUUGAAGAAGCAAAACUCUCCUGUGAUGAAACAGCGAAACGCGUGAAGACUCAGACCCAGCACACAGAGAAGCAGAUCAAGGAGGAGUUUGAGAAGCUUCACCAGUUUCUACAAGAUGAAGAGGCAGCCAGGAUGGCUGCACUGAGGGAGGAAGAGGAGCAGAAGAGUCAGAUGAUGAAGGAGAAGAUUAAAAAGAUGAGCAGAGCGAUCUCAUCUCUUUCAAAGAAAAUCAGAGCCAUAGAGGAGAAGAUGGGAACUGAUGACAUCACAUUCCUGCAGAUAUCGAAUCUACAGUAUGGACCUAAUCUCUUUGUUACUCUACAGAACUACAAGAGCACAGUGAAAAGAGCCCAGUGCACACUGCAGGAUCCAGAGAGGGUUUCAGGAGAUCUGAUCAAUGUCGCAAAGCACCUGGACAACCUGAAGGUCAAAGUCUGGAAGAGAAUGAUUUCUCCUGUGACUCUGGAUCCCAACACUGCACACCCAGAUCUCAUCCUUUCUGAGGAUCUGACCAGUGUGAGAUAUGUUGAAAAUAACCCACAGAGAUUUGAUUACUAUGCCUGUGUCCUGGGCUCUGAGGGCUUUAACUCAGGGACUCACUGCUGGGAUGUGGAGGUUGGAGAGAACACAUGGUGGAUUGUGGGUGUGAAGGCAGAGUUGGCCCCGAGGAAGGGAGAGUAUGGUGAUGUGAGUGGAGAGUGGUGUGUGUAUUAUUAUGAUGGUGCAUAUAGAGCAUGUGCUCCCCCACAGCCCCCCACUCUCCUCACAGUGCAGCAGAAACUCCAGAGGAUCAGAGUGCAGCUGGACUGGGACAGAGGAGAACUGUCAUUCUCUGACCCUGAUAAUAACACACACCUACACACUCUCACACACACUUUCACUGAGAGAGUGUUUCCAUUCUUUAGUGGCUGUAGUCUCUCUUCUUUGAGGAUCUUACCAGUGAGUCCUCAGUAACAGCAGAGCAGCACUGAUGGAGCUGAUGGUGUCUCUGACUGGACUCUCAUUAGGCCAGUAGGUGUAGUUGUGAAGGUGUGCUGAAUGUAACACACUUAAACCAGGAGAUGUAUUGAUUCAUUAAUACACUGAGUAUACUAAUGAUGAUGUGGGUCAUUAACAUAUGAUGAUUUACUAAUGAUACUAAUGAUGAAUGAUGAGAACAGCCCUUACAAAAAUUAAAUGUUUGCGGAAGA